UGAUAUACUUUGAAGACUGAGAACACAAACAAAAAAGAUCUCUUAUCACACUACCACCACCUCCAAUGGAGAGCAUUGGUAGCCACCAUUGUUGCAGCUCUCCUUUCACCUUCAUCACUAGGAACUCAUCAUCACUUCCAAAACUCGUUAACUUCACUCGCAGAGUUCAUCUCAGCCACCAAUCAUCUCACCGACUCAGAAACUCAUCUUCUCGUCUCACUUGCUCUGCUGCUUCUUCUUCUUCCACCAUUGAGGAACAACGGAAGAAGGAAGAUGGGUCUGGUACGAAGGUGAAGUUGAAUGUGAGGUUAGAUCAUCAAGUCAAUUUUGGUGAACAUGUUGCUAUGUUUGGAUCAGCUAAAGAGAUUGGUUCAUGGAAAAAGAAAUCGCCUUUGAAUUGGACUGAGAAUGGAUGGGUUUGUGAGCUUAACCUUGACGGUGGUCAAGUUCUUGAGUAUAAGUUCGUCAUUGUUAAGGAUGAUGGGUCACUCUCAUGGGAAUCUGGUGAUAAUCGUGUACUUAAGCUUCCAAAUUCUGGGAAUUUCUCAGUUGUUUGUCAUUGGGAUGCUACAAGAGAAACCCUUGAUUUGCCUCAUGAGGUUGGUGGUAAUGAUGGUGGUGGGGAAGAGAGGGGUAAUCAUGACGUUGGUGAUGAGAGAGUAGUGGGAAGUGAAAAUGGUGCGCAGCUUCAGAAAAGUACAUUGGGUGGGCAGUGGCAAGGUAAAGAUGCGUCCUUUAUGCGUUCUAAUGAUCAUGGUAACAGAGAAGUUGGAAGAAAUUGGAAUACUACUGGUCUUGAAGGCACUGCUCUCAAGAUGGUUGAGGGUGAUCGUAACUCUAAGAAUUGGUGGAGAAAGCUUGAAAUGGUACGCGAGGUUAUAGUUGGGACUGUUGAGAGGGAGGAAAAAUUGAAGGCGCUCAUAUACUCUGCAAUUUAUUUGAAGUGGAUAAACACUGGUCAGAUUCCUUGCUUUGAAGAUGGAGGGCAUCACCGUCCAAACCGGCAUGCGGAGAUUUCCAGGCUUAUAUUCCGGGAGUUGGAGCACAUUUGCAGUAAGAAAGAUGCUUCGGCAGAGGAAGUGCUUGUUGCUCGAAAAAUCCAUCCGUGUUUGCCUUCUUUCAAAGCAGAGUUUACUGCAGCUGUCCCUCUAACUCGAAUUAGGGACAUAGCCCAUCGCAAUGAUAUUCCUCAUGAUCUCAAGCAAGAAAUCAAGCAUACCAUACAAAAUAAGCUUCACAGGAAUGCAGGCCCAGAAGAUCUAAUUGCAACAGAAGCGAUGCUUCUAAGAAUUACCGAGACCCCAGGAAAAUACAGUGGAGAUUUUGUGGAGCAAUUCAAAAUAUUCCAUAAUGAGCUUAAGGAUUUCUUUAAUGCUGGAAGCCUCACUGAACAACUUGAUUCUAUGAAAAUUUCUAUGGAUGAUAAAGGGCUUUCUGCUCUCAGUUUGUUUUUUGAAUGUAAAAAGCGCCUUGACUCAUCAGGAGAAUCAACCAAUGUUAUGGAGUUGAUUAAAACCAUGCAUUCUCUGGCUUCUCUAAGAGAAACAAUUAUAAAGGAACUUAAUAGCGGCUUGCGAAACGAUGCUCCGGAUACUGCCAUUGCAAUGCGCCAAAAGUGGCGCCUUUGUGAGAUCGGCCUCGAAGACUACUUCUUUGUUCUACUAAGCAGAUUCCUGAAUGCUCUUGAGUCUAUGGGAGGAGCUGAUCAACUGGCAAAAGAUGUGGCAUCAAGAAAAGUUGCCUCGUGGAAUGAUCCACUAGAUGCUUUGGUGUUGGGUGUUCACCAAGUAGGUCUCUCUGGUUGGAAGCAAGAAGAAUGUUUAGCCAUUGGAAAUGAACUCCUUGCUUGGCGAGAGAGAGACCUACUUGAAAAAGAAGGGGGAGAGGAUGGAAAAACCAUUUGGGCCAUGAGGCUGAAAGCAACUCUUGAUCGAGCACGCAGAUUAACAGCAGAAUAUUCUGAUUUACUUCUUCAAAUAUUUCCUCCUAAUGUAGAGAUUCUGGGAAAAGCUCUAGGAAUACCAGAGAAUAGUGUCAAGACCUAUACAGAAGCCGAGAUUCGUGCUGGCAUAAUAUUUCAGAUCUCAAAGCUCUGCACUGUUCUUCUAAAAGCUGUAAGAAAUUCACUAGGCUCUGAGGGCUGGGACGUCGUUGUACCUGGAUCAACGUCUGGGACAUUAGUUCAGGUUGAGAGCAUUGUUCCGGGAUCAUUGCCAGCAACUUCUGGUGGUCCUAUUAUUCUUUUGGUCAACAAAGCUGAUGGCGAUGAAGAGGUAAGUGCUGCUAAUGGGAACAUAGCCGGAGUCAUGCUCCUGCAAGAACUGCCUCACUUGUCUCACCUUGGCGUUAGAGCACGGCAGGAGAAAAUUGUCUUCGUGACAUGUGAUGACGAUGAAAAGGUCGCUGAUAUACGAAGACUUGUGGGAAAAUUCGUGAGGUUGGAAGCAUCUCCAAGCCAUGUGAACCUGAUACUCUCAACUGAGGAUAGGAGUCGCACUCCCAAGUUCAAUGCGAACAAAAAAACGGACAAGAAUAGCUUAUCUAAGAAAAAAACGGAUAAGAGACGCAUACCUAUCCAUGACGAAGAGUCAACUCCUGUUUCCUCAUCUUCGGAUAGCCUCCUUUACUCAUCCAAGGAUAUCCCUAGCGGAGGAAUCAUAGCACUUGCUGAUGCAGAUGUACCAACCUCUGGUUCAAAAUCUGCUGCAUGUGGUCUUCUUGCAUCUUUAGCAGAAGCCUCUAGUAGUGUGCACAGCGAACAUGGAGUGCCAGCAUCGUUUAAGGUUCCAACUGGAGUUGUCAUACCUUUUGGAUCUAUGGAACUAGCUUUAAAGGAAAGUAAUUCAGAAGAAAAGUUUGCCUCUUUGCUAGAAAAGUUAGAAACCGCCAGACCUGAGGGCGGUGAGCUAGACACCAUAUGCGAUCAGAUCCAUGAAGUGAUGAAAUCAUUGCAAGUGCCUGAAGAGACAAUCAGCAGUAUAAGCAAAGCAUUUCCCAAAGAUGCUCGUCUCAUUGUACGAUCAAGCGCUAAUGUCGAGGACUUAGCCGGAAUGUCAGCUGCAGGACUCUAUGAAUCAAUCCCCAACGUGAGUCCCUCAGAUCCUUUGGUGUUUUCCGAUUCGGUUUGCCAAGUUUGGGCUUCUCUCUACACAAGAAGAGCUGUUCUAAGCCGUAGAGCUGCUGGUGUCACUCAAAAAGAAGCUUCAAUGGCGGUUCUUGUUCAAGAAAUGCUUUCGCCAGACUUAUCUUUUGUUUUGCACACAGUCAGUCCAGCUGAUCCAGACAGUAACCUUGUGGAAGCCGAGAUUGCUCCUGGUUUAGGUGAGACUUUAGCUUCAGGGACAAGAGGAACACCAUGGAGACUCGCUUCAGGUAAGCUCGAUGGGAUUGUGCAAACCUUAGCUUUCGCAAACUUCAGCGAAGAGCUUUUUGUGUCAGGAACAGGUCCUGCUGAUGGUAAAUACGUUCGUUUGACCGUCGACUAUAGCAAGAAACGGUUAACCGUUGACUCAGUCUUUAGACAGCAACUUGGUCAGCGACUUGGUUCGGUUGGCUUCUUCUUGGAAAGAAACUUUGGCUGUGCACAAGACGUUGAAGGUUGUUUGGUUGGUGAAGAUGUUUACAUUGUUCAGUCAAGGCCACAACCUCUGUAGAAUCAAUCUCUUAUUUCCUAUAAAGCUAAUAAAACAAAAAAUGUCAGAAAUAUAAGAUCUGCAUUUGCUUCAUUACCAUAUGUGAAGGUAUGGAUUAAUAAUGAUAUAAACAUAUUUAAUAAUGAUAUUAACAUUCUCUUUGUGUCAA